AUGGACAUGUACGAGGAAAGACCGCCUGAAAUUUUUACCGGCGGGUAUUUCGACCAGGCAAACAUUGUCAACCAGACAGAGGGUCUCCAAGACUUCAGGCGGCGGCAAGAAGGCCACCUGAUCAUCGCAGAUGACCGGCCUUUGCUGGUUAUGUCCUUCGGCCUGAAGUACCAGGGACCGAACCCCUCAAAGUACAAAAUCGAAGGCAAGUACGACAUUCCAGUUGGCUUCAAGGUAAUCAUCAAGUGGGAGGAAGACGAGAUUGUCUUCAUGACCCGCCAGGGAACCUUUGGGCCAGAGUUCCAAAUUGUCUACCUGCCACAGAGUCCUACACCUGAGGACUUCACUGUUUUUGAGUGGAAUGCCAACAUAGCUGAGAUUUGGGACCAGUUCCUGACAGUCAUCGAGGGCAAGGAGGAUCGAGACAUGAGGUUGUUCAACCAAGGACCCUGGCGAACAUUUGGAGUUACUAGGGAUGAGGUCCAGAUGGCUCUGAAGCAGGGCACUGAUCAGAAAACCAUCGUGGAUGGUAUCCUCUACUGUGCUGACGGCAUCGAGCCGGACUUGCAGGAGCACAUGAGAUACUUGGGUGUAGACCCUGCAACGGACGAGAACAUCCUCUGGAUUUUCACCGCCUUCAAGGAAGAGCCAUUGCCUUCGUAUUCUGCACAAUACGUGAAGGAUGGCAUGGUCUAUUGGGUGGACGAGCGCACCAGCGAAGCCACUUGGAAGCAUCCCCACUACGACAAGUUCCGAAAGAUGCUCCAGGUGGCUCGCAACCAGAAGCCAGUUCCACACUGGAAAUCCAUCAUGGAGUUCAGGAUAGAGUUUCUGCUGUCUAACAUCUUCACCUGGGAGGCCGAGGCUUCUGGCGAAUAUCCUCUAGUUGAGACGGUUGACAACGUCAUUGAGAUGGCUCGAAUAUUUGGCGUUGACAUCAAAAACGAGCCAUACCUGGUGCAUGUGUUGAAGCGCGCUCUGCGGCACUAUGGAAAUUGUGUUAAAGAAAAGCGCAAGGUGAAGGACGUUGAGGACUUCCGGAAUCUCAUGCAUCGCUACCGCGACCUGGUCAGCCAGUACGAGCAGGCAAUGAGCAUUGAGGAGAAGAGGGUUGCAAAGAUGAAGAUUUGCGUCCAAUGCGAUGAGCGUGACGCAGUUCUCUUCUGCGAUCAGUGCAAAGACUUCUUCUGCCAGGGCUGCUUUGACAGACUGCACAGCAGGGGCCGAAGGCAAAACCAUAGGCGGACAUGGGUUGAAAUGGGCAUGUGUGCAGAAUGCGUGGAGAGCAUUGCCCUGUUCCACUGCGUGCAGUGUGCCGACUUGUACUGCAGGGACUGCUUCCAGGAGUGGCAUGUGCGAGGCGGACGGAGGAAUCACAUUCCGAUCAUCCUUAGAUCCUUCAACUCCCAGACGCACCAGCUACCGGAAGCCACACCGGCUAUGGGAACGGGCGCAGCUCAAAUCCUAGCCAAGGCUCGAAGUCCCUGGGUAGAGUUCAUAGAUGAAAACAAUGUGAAGCUCUACUACAAUAUCCUCACAGCAGAGUCCAGGAGAGACAAGCCUCUGGCUGUGAUCAACGAGCCAAUCGAAGACAAUAAGGGUGGAGGGAUGAGCGCGGGCUGGUCUGGAACAUGGGGUGCCAACAUGUUUCCAGACCCUCUCAGCCGAACCCAGCCAAGCGCACCUCAGAUGGAGACAGCCUUUUGA